AUGGCGUUCCUCUUACGGCGGCCCUUCGCCAUCCCAGCGACCAUCAAGCAGUCCGUAACGAAGACAUCACCGCUCUCGGCGCGCGCCUUCCACAACACGCCACUGAAGCAGCACCCGCACUUCUUCAAGUCGAAAGCACCCACGCUCACCACCGCCACCCAUGUCUCCAAGUUCCAAUCGACCUUCCGCCGCUCGUACCAGCAGGCUGCCUACAACAACCCUCUGGCACAGGGCGAUGCGCGACAGCGUCUCCUGUACGGCGCUGGUAUCUUCGGCGCAACACUCCUAGGCAUCAACCUGAUCUUCAACCGCGAGACACGAGAGGAUGGCGGCAUGCCGCCUUUCGAGCGCGCCUACCUCAACGAUACAUUCAUGCACACCGGCCUCGGCGUAGGCAUGAUCGGUAUUGCGGCCCGCGCUAUGCACAUGAACGGCUGGUCUUUCAGGCUCAUGUCUGCCAACCCAUGGCUGGUCAUGGGUGUUGGUCUUGUUGCUAGCAUUGGAACCAUGUACGGCACCAUGGCCACCAACCCCCAGAACUACGUCCAGAAGUACGCCCUAUGGUCCGCCUUCAACGUCACCCAGGCCGCUCUCCUCGCACCUCUCUUCUUCAUGCAUCCCGCCAUCCUCGCACGCGCCGGUCUUUACACAGCCGGUCUGAUGGGCUCGCUCGCUUUCGUCGGCGCCACCGCCAAGACCGACAAGUACAUGUACCUCGGUGGUCCCCUCCUUGCGGGUGUUGCCAUCGUCGCCCUGUCCGGUCUCGCCCCCAUGGUCAUCCCCGCUACUGCUGCCCGCACGCUGAUGUGGACUGAGAACAUCUGGCUGUACGGUGGUCUUGCUGUCUUCGGUGGCUUCACCCUGUACGACGUCCAGAAGGUGCUGCACCAUGCACGCAUGGCCGAGCAGGGCCUCAUGGCCAAGGACCCAGUCAACGAGUCGAUCCACCUCGAGUUGGACUUUAUCAACAUCUUCGUCAGAAUGGUCCAGAUCCUGGCUAUGAGUCAGAACAGGAGGAAGUAA